AUGCGGAAUAUUAUAACGCUUUACUUCUUAUUAUUUGGACUUUUUAGAUCUAUUCUAGCUAAUUAUACAUUGGAAUAUAGAAAUAUAAUUGCAAAGUAUAUUCAGUUUACCGAAUAUAACAUAAGAGUUAAUGAAACUCAAAUUUCAGAGCAAGUACAUACUGGAUCUGAAAAUAAGACAUCAAUACUACUUACUAUACAUGAUGUACCCUUAGUAUAUGAAGGGAUAAUAUUAAUGGAAUGUAAAUAUAUAGAUAUUUUACAAAGUGGUGUUUUGGAAUUUGAUAAUAACUCUAUACAAGGGCUUAACUGUACAUCUAAAAAUUCACUAGUAAAAUAUAAUGAUGAUGUGGAUAUUACUAAUAUGAAUACAUAUGGACAAUUUGAAAAUAACGAAUUAAAUCUUAAUGAACUUUAUAAUAGUAGUAAUAAUAAUAUUAAUGGAAAUGAUCAUUUUCAUAAUGUAAGAGAUAUAUUUAAAGUAAAUGACAUCUAUAUUGAUGAUAAUCUUGAAAAUACUAAUGAUGAAAUUAAAGAAUAUGAAAAUAAGGAUAUAAUUAAAUCAUCAUAUAAUUUAGAAAUUAUAUUUCCAAUUCAAAAUGAUUUGACGGAUAAUAUGGAUUUUUGUCGUAUUUCAUUAAAUAAUAUACUAAAUAAGGAUGUAAUAUAUUUUAAACUUAUGAACUAUCACUACUCUUUAAUAAAACUAGGUAUUGGGAUAUGCAUAAUUUUUAACAAAUUUGAAAAUAUAUUUUUUAAUCAUCCAUCACCAAUUACAGAAUAUUUAGAAGGAGAUUUAGAUAUAUAUGAACAGAACAAGCAAGAUUCACAAAAUAAUACAGAAGAUAUAGUAAAUAAUUUUUCAUUUAAUAAUAAUAAUAAUAAUAAUAUAUUGAAUAUUAAAGAUAAUUUCAUUAAAUCUAAAUAUGAAUCUUAUAAUUUGAGAAAUAAAGCAGAUUAUUUUAAUAUUACUGAUGAAAUAUCAUUGUUAUCAACAAAUUUAAAACUUAAACCAUAUAUAAGAAUAUCAUACAUACCAUACAAACCAUAUCCAAAAUUAUUUUUUAAAUCUAAUAUUCCAACAGAAAAAGCUAUAGGUGGCAUGAAUAGAUCAAACAAAAAAAAUUAUUAUUUAGGAAUGGGUAUGUGGCAACAAAAUAUAGUUCCAGGUUUUACACGUAUAAAUGAGUUAACAAGUAUACUAUCACUCCAUGGACAUUAUAUAUAUAGUAAUAUAAGUAUUAAUUAUUUCUUAUAUAAAUAUAAUUCAAUUAUUAAAUCAUGGAGAUCAAUAAUAUUCACUCCAGACAGUUUAGAUUAUAAUUGUAAUAUUGGCAAAUCUUCAUUAUUAAGAUUAUAUAGUGACACAUAUCAAGUCAAUGAUUCUACAAAUAUUAGAACACCUAAAGAUAUAUUUAAUGUUAAUUUGGAUGAUCUAUCGAGAAAUAUUGGAUACCCAUGUAAUAUUGGUGGAUCUAUUAGGAAAUGCCUAAAGAAAAUACGUUCAUAUAUUUACAAAGGUAAAAUAUCUCAUCGUAUUGGUAAUAGAUAUAUUAAUUAUAUAUAUGAUGUUUGGAUUGCUUGGGAAAGAGAAAUUUGGCAUAUAAAAUAUGCUGAAGAAACUACUCAAAUAUUAAAAAAUUUACAAUGGAAAAAUAAAGUGAAUAACCUAUUUAAUAAACAAAAUACCCCAAAAUCUCAUUAUGAAAAUGAAAUAUGGGCUAUAUUAACUCGUUUAUUAGCUAUUGAACCUAUGAAGAAUGAUACUACUAUAGAUAUAUUAUCUUUACUAAAAUCUAAUAAUAUACCAAAAGAUCAGUUUAAUAAUACUUCACAAACAUUUUCACUAGCUAAGGAUAUUUUCCAAUAUGGUGUAUUUUCAAUAAAUAUAUUACAUUUGCCAACUUUUUGGGAAUAUAUAUAUAGUAUUACAUGUAAAGUUGCUGCUGAUUCAUUAUUUAUAACAUGGAUUAUGAACAAAUUUACCUAUAAUACAAAAUAUAAUAAUCAGUAUAUAGUACCAGAAAUUCCUGUUAUAAAUAAUAACUUAAAAGAUUUAGAGACAAAAAGUGAGGAAAAGAAUUCUUGGUUACUUUUACCUUUACCUAUAUAUAAUAUAUCUAAAGAUAUAGAUGUAGAAUUUGAAAAUGAUAAAUAUUCAUAUGAUUUACCAUUGGUUUAUGAUUUUGAUGAAUUAAAUAAUAUAUUUAUAACUAAUUCAAAAUUUAGUCCAUAUGAAAAUUCUAUUAGACGUAAGAAAUUCUUUAGAAGCAAUUAUUUUGAUCCUAAGUAUAAAAAGAAGUGGUAUUCUUUUAUAGUACGUAAUGUUCCUUACAGAAAUAAUUCAAGGGGAAAUUUAGAAUUUAAAUGUAACAAAGGUUCUUGGCCAUAUAAAUAUGGUACUAUAACUUGGUUAAGCCAAUAUUUAUGUGAGACUGUAUUUAUAAAAAGUGAAUAUCUACUAUAUAAAUAUAAAUUUGAUACAUAUGAUAAUAAUACACUUUUAUAUAAUUCAGAAAAUUCUCAACUUCAAAAUUCAAGUGAUAACAUCGAAUUUAUUAAUGAAUUUAAUUCUCGCAAACCGAGUUACCCUUCACAUAUAAUACGGUCAAGAAUGAUAGGUAUAGAAUUUGAAACAGAAAACCCACAUCGUUGUGGUAUUGGAUAUUUAGGCGAUGAAUUAGAAAAAACUUUAACUAAUGUUAAAGGUAGUAUAUUACUUCAUAUUGCUCUAGGUUUUUGUACAUAUCAUGGCUUUGAAUUGCAAUGGCUUAGUGAUAAUUCAUUCGAUAUACAUACAAAUAUUUUGUUCAAAUAUACACAAUCUCUUGAAUAUAGUAUGACAUAUUAUGAAAGAAUAGGUUUUGAAUUAAAUGGUCAUACGCAAUUACGUGUAUUUGCCAAUUAUACUUGUGCUACAAUUGGAUAUAAAAAUAAUUAUAUAUUUGAUGAUAUAUAUCUACAAAAUUCUGAUCUUAAAUUAAAAAUAGAAGAUAAAAAAAGUACAUUUGAUAAUUUAGAUAUAAAUUACUAUAAAUAUUUAAAUACAUGCCAAUUAUAUUAUGAGCCAUUAGUUGUAUCUAAUGGUAUCAGAAUAGAUGAACUACAUAAUAUGCGUAAUUAUUUCAUCAAUUCUUUAUAUAAUUUACGUUUUGAAUGUAAUUUAUCUGGUAAUAAAUAUGAUGAAAUAUUAAGUCAUUGUAGUCAAUUUUAUCCACUCCUAUCUUAUAAUAAGGAAUUAAAUAAAUGUAACUUUGAGAUGACUAGUGAAUGGAAAUAUCUGAAUGAAAUGUUUUCAGAUAAAUGUUAUAAAGGUGGAAGGAUAGGUAAAUGCCAUGAAUAUCUACGUAAAAUGUUAAUAUGUGAUGAUUAUAAUGAAUAUAAUUGUAAAUUAGAUAUCUUUAUAGUAGAUAACUUUAUUAAACCAAAAGAUAUAAAUCUAGUCCUUGAUCAUCUUCACCGUAUAUCUUUUUUAUUAAUGAAUGGGAUUAAAUUAAGUACAAAAAAUUGGAAUCUUCAACAUAUACAAAUUCUUGAAAAUUUAUUUGCUAACUUAAUUAAUAAAGAGGAAUUAGAUCUAUUUUAUAAUCAUGGUAUAUAUGGUUUUAUAAAAAGUAGAUUAGAUCUUUUCCGAUCUGAAUUCAAUAAAUAUUCAAACAUACCCCUUAUGGCAGAUAUAAAUGAUAUAUUCACAUUAUCAGGAAUUUCUAUUGAUGUUCAUUCCUUACCUAUUUUAUGGAAACUAGCAACCUAUAGAUUAGAAGAAAUACCUAAUUUAAUUAAUAUUGAUACUGACAAUAUUAAAAGUAACUCUAAACUUAAAAUCCUUAAACCAAAUAUAAAAAGUUACAAUAAUUUAACUAAUUUUAAUAAUAUACUAACAUAUUGUCCUCAAGCCUUAGGGUAUCUAUGGAUUGAUAAAUACAUGUGGCAAAUGUAUAGAUUAUCUGGAUCUAAUAAACAUAAUAUUAAACCUAUUUAG